AUGGAGGAUUCCCCCCCCGAGUGUGACUUCUGUCACCACGAAAUGCACUGUUGCUGGUGCGAGCCCCGGUGCGCCGUGUACAGUCGCCGGAGGUCGUUUCAACUGAAAAAGGGCGUCGCGUUUUGGUUCCAGGAGGACGACGAGUGUGCCGAGUGGCUGUGCGAAAGGUGUUGCGACUUUGACCCGAAAGAUCCGCACGUCAAGUCGGACAAGGAGGGAUACACGCGCUGGGCGUGUGAGAACCGCGGCGAGCCCUCGCAAGAGCCCGAAACGCACAUGCAAACUUGGCCAGAGUUUUGCGAGUGGGGCAUCGUCGUCGAGGACGAGAAAAAACCCGCUGUUGAGAAAAAAUAA